ACGGCAACAGAGCACGGGAGAGGUGUCCGACUCUGGUUUUCAGCACCAAUCUCCACCAGGUUCACUGCUAGCUUUUCCCAGACGUGUUUUGGACAUUUAAGGAGCCUGAAAUAAGUCCGAAUGAUCGUUUUCUUAAUUUGCAGUGGUGCAGUUGAAUGACACUUGAAGUUUCCUCCUGAAAGAGCGAUGGACAGUAGCUCUCAUACACUGCCACCCUCGUCCCCAUGUCCCACCACUUUUGGAGGGUCCCUGCCUUUUUCCUCCUCGCCACAGCAUACCUGCUCCAGCGGCCAUCUUUCACUCCCACUUUCACCUAUUUCAUUCCCACCAUCCCCUACUUCACUUUCUCCAGCAACAGCAGAGUCUGUUCACUCUUCAUCUCCUUUGUCACACUGCACAGCAUCUCAGUGCCUCGAAGGACAAAACAUACAGUGCUUAAAUACAGCAGACAUAUCUGACCAAGAUGACCUGACCUGCCUCAGCUGGCUGCAUCAGAGAGGUAACCUGCUCCCGCUGCAGCCCCUUCCCAGAAUGACACCACUGUCUCAGUCCUCCACACCUACCCAGCCGCUUCCUCCUGCUUCGUCCAAGCCACCAUACUCCUUCAGUAGUCUGAUUUUCAUGGCUAUAGAAGCUUCACCACACAAGAGGCUUCCAGUGAAAGAUAUCUAUGAAUGGAUUGUGAACAAUUUUCCUUACUACAGGACAGCCUCUGGAGGCUGGAGGAACUCUGUUAGACACAACCUGUCCCUGAGCAAGAGCUUCCGUCGCAUUCAGAGGGACAAAAGCCAGUCGGUGGGGAAGGGAUCACUGUGGUGUGUUUGUCCAGAGUAUCGUCCAGCGCUCCUCGAAGUGCUGAGCAAGACCCACAAUUAUCACAGCACCAACAGCAAUCUGAUAAACAAGCCGGCACUGUUGGAAGGAGCUGACUAUGGACUUCUUGCAGUCUGUGACUCCAUAGACAUCACAGAUCCUCUUUCUCACACCCUCCUCUUAUCCACACCCUCACCACAAACCCUGACCACUGAUAACCCGACCUUCGCUGAAAACCCACUGUGUCCUUUGACUCCAGAUCAUGAGGAGCUUGUCCCCAUGGAGUCAAUUGAAUACCAGCAGGACGAAGUCAGCGAGGAGCUGGAAAAGGACCCUCUGUCAGACAGCGGGUACAUCGAGUUGCACUACUACCAGUCUAACCAGUACCAGUACCUGGUGCUGCCGGGUGACACUGAGCUGGACCUGGAGACUGUGGAGAUCCUUCAGCUCGAUGUGGAGGCCCAAGAGGCUGCAGGGUCACUGCUGGACCUGGCAGGUGGUGGAUAUUAGUUUUAUAUCCUAUUUGUAACAGUCAUGACUGAUGCAAAUCCUCCAAUAAAGCAACAUAAAUGUGGAUUUAUGUUGAAAGUCUAAAAUGAGAUUAGCUUGAUUGAUAACAUUUGACAGAUUGGCUGACACUGCCUUAGGCGUGUAUAUUUUUGUAUAGCUAGAUAAUAAUAUAGAUCAACUUUACUGAUGGACUAACGAGUAUGGAUCACAGUACUUCAUACGUAUUGAGGUGCUUUAAAUGCACAAGCUGAAUUCACUCUCAUACUUUACAAUAACCAAUUGAAGACUUGAGAGCACAACAUUAAACUGAAAGCAUGGAAAAACUGUACACUGAGAUUUUGAAACUGAGGGGAAAAGUAUUAAUAGAUUAUGGUCUUCAGUAAAACACGUUUUGUGGGUUUCCACAGUUUGUUUAUUCUCAGGGGCUGAAGGAGUGCUUCCAACUCAAGGUAGAAGUACUGCCUGUGGAUUAAAAUAUUUCCCAUGUUAAAGUAAGAUGUGGGCUGCAAAAAAACUACAAUAGUAGGUCUUUAGAAGAAGACACUGAAUAUGUUACCAACCAUUUCUUCAAAGUGGUGCCCAUGUUUUCAUAGAACUUACUUUAUCAGGAAAAAAUAUUUAUAAUAUACAAACUGAAUUCAGUAUCUUAGUUUAUCUUGCUGCUUAAUACUGUUUUUUCUU